GACAUGACUUCGAGGGACAGCCAACUGUAGAUAAGAGAGCUGCGCAAAUCCUUUUGCGUUUGAUAUAUAGCGUUGCUUCUUACGGACAACCAAUCAUCUGUUGUACCAUUUUUAUAUAUACCAAUUUACAAAUAAUAUCAUCUAUUAUUUCUCAUUAAUAUUUGAUGUUUAGACGGUAAAAUCAACAAAGCAAAUAUGCAAAAUGGUAAAUGCGAAGCUACAAUUUCUUAUUGGAUUAUAAUGUAUGCGAACUUGUAAAUGCGUCUUAUCGUGUACGUGAAAUAUCUGUGUACUCGUUGUCUACCGUCUAUACAUUGCCUUUUUAUGACUAUUAUUGUUUUAACUGCCAGAUUCGAAUUGUUCCAUACGCAUUAUGUUCGCGCUUAAAUGUUGUUUAUGUUCUCUUUAUUUUUAAAUUGAUUAUAUGGAUAUAUACUGUGUCAAAUUUAUUUCUUAAACAAUACAAAUUCGAGUAAAUUUAAUUGCAUCUGAUAUUAUAGUGUUGUUAAAAUUCGUUGGACAUGGUGCUUGUUAGGUCGCAUUCAACGGAAAACGUCAAACGUUCGCAACCGAUAAGAAUUAGAGAAUGUUUAACAUGUCCAAAAUUAGUAGGAAGUGAUAUACGUAAGAAAGAUUGCGAUAGAGUCAGAAGCCAACCAGUCAGAAUAUUACAAUUAAUAAAACAAGAUGAGGAAAAGAAAAGUAGCGUACGCAAACAAAGAUUACCUGAAAGAUUAGGUCCACUUUCAGGCAGAAAACAUACAUCAACGAAGGAACAAUACAAUGGACAAAUAGAUGAUGAUACAAAGCAUUCUUACAACCCUGUACGUAGAAAUCUUAAUUUUAAUAACAUGUGUGUUAAUAAUAGAAAGAAUGAGAAUAGAAGAACAGAGUGUUUGACCAAGUCAACCUUUUCAAAUAGCAGUCAGGCCUGUAAUGAACUGUCUGAACCAGACAUGAGAAAAAGUUUAUUAUUAAAACCGAAUACUAUCAAAAAUAAGCAUUUACAAACAUGUACAAAAAAAGUAUAUAGAUAUUCAAAAUUGCCUGUAGCAUCAAAGGAAAAUAUAGCUACUUGUAAUAAGAAUGAAAUUUCCACUCAUUCUACCAAAAGUGAAAAUAAAAGUUCAUUGUUGCUUAACAAUGAUUUGUAUAGUAAAUGUAAUAAUAAUAAUUCUGCAGAAUCUGAAUCUAACGUAACAUCCAAAAAAUGUAAAACCGCCGAAAAUGUAAACUAUUCUAGUCUAAAUAUCGUUAAUACAAAUUACGUAGAAUCUUGCGAAAUUUCGAAUACAACACCUCUACAAGUUUCUCGAUCUACGAUUCAUCAAGAAACAUUAAAUAAGGAAUAUCAAUUCUCUAUGCAAAAUAAUACACUGCAUAAAGUAUCUUCCCCAGAACAGAGUAAUUUAAAAUGUGAAAAAUCUGAAAUAUCGAAAGAUCAAGAUAAAUGUAUAGAAGACUUAUGUAAUAACUUGCAAAGCACAAAAGUGGCACUGCUAGAAAGUAAUCUAAAUGUACAGCAUACUUCAUCCGAGAUGAUAUACGUUGACAAAAAAGAAAUUACACAUUUGAAAUGUGAAUUGGAAGAUUUAGUAAAUACUACAGAAGAAAACCUGAAGAAGUUGAAAUCGACAUUAACAUAUGUAACAAGAUUAUUAUCUGUACCAGAUGAAACAGUCUCAAAGUCUGACACUGUUAAAGAAAAAGAUGAAGAUUUGGAAAUUCCAAAGAUUAACAGUGAUGAAAGUUUUGUAAAUUUAGAAAAUCAGCUUAACAUUAUGCCUGUUAAUCAUGUUGGGUCUAUUAAAAACCGAUUAUCCCAAGAAAAUACACCUGUGAUUCUAAAAUACAGGCAAAAACGGUUUCUGAGAGAGUACGUGACUUUGAAAUCAAGCAUGACUUUUUUGGAAACUCCAGAUGGCAAAAAAUUUACAAGUUUAUGUCAGAAAAAUAAUAUAGAUAAAUCCAUUUUAAGCAGAACAGAUAUUUCGAAUAAAGUACUCAAGGAACUUCAAAAUUUAUAUUCCGAUUCGCCGGAAUCUAAUUGAAAUUUUACUUUAAAUUUCGGACCACAAUUUUCAGUAUACAUUAUUUAAUUCAAGUUUCCGGCGACAGGAUACAGAUUCAACCCGGAAGUCAUAAUUUUGAAUUUUAAUCGCUGUCCACCGAAAAUCAAGUCUGAAAUAGAAAAAUGAUGAAUAAAUAAUGAUAUUGCUAUUAAGUUACCAAUUUGUAUAUAUAACAUCAAACAAAAAUGUAUUUGUAUAUCUAUUUAAGAUUAAUA